UUUUUGACAUGACUCGUCAUGUAAUGUUCCCGUCGUGGUACGACCGCCUUUUGGGGAUGCAGAUGUCCGAUGGCGGCGUGCGGGGUGUCCUUGUGGAACACUCCGACGCUACCAUGUACGGACUCAAGUUCUUGGGAUCGAAAAAGCAGGCAUUGGUCACUGUGGAACAAGCCUUGCGCGCCAGACGCAUUCAACUCGACGGGUGCAGCAUCACAUUGGGAGAUCGUGGAGCAGGCAUUCUACGCACUCUUCAAGGUCCGACGGACCUGUCGUCGUCGCCAUCGACUGCCGGCACAUGCAUGGUCGAGUGGACGACGGCCACCACGCCACCGUCGGAAGUGCCGUUUACAGACGUGUUGGACCAUGUCGUGGACGCGUUCCUGGGAGUGUCCCUGCAGAAAACCUACGACCAGCCAAACGUGUUUUACACAUUGACGUUGACGAAGGCUGUCGUCCAUGCAGGCGCGCUCCAUUACGAAGCCACCAUAGACGAUGGCGACGUGGACUUUCUCUCCAAGGAAGACGUGCUGCAAGCCAUGGAUCUCCACGACGUACGCGAAGUGGCGGUGCCGUGCGAAGACGUAGCGACGCCGUCGUCCACCGUCGACAUCCCGCUUCCCACAUCACCCGCAUCCCCGCCAUCUGAGGACAGUUCCCCACCCGACGACACCCUCGUCCACGUGUACUUCCAUCGCCAGAGCCUCCACAUGACCCUCGGCCCAACCCCCACAGCCAACAGUGUGUGUGUCUACAAACUCCUCCGAACGGCGGACGGCUCGCAGGGCGAAGCAUCGGCCACCGGUCUCGUGGACAUUGGCGACAUCAUCGUGCAGGUCAACGGCGUGUCCGUCGACGGCCUUAGCGUGGAUCACAUCGCAACAAUCAUCAGCCAAAGCCCCCGGCCCAUUCAGCUGUCGUUCCAGAAGAAGCGCGACCCUGGGCGGACGUUUUCGGACAUCAAAAGCGACCCAACUCCGUCCGCUCCUUCUAUCGUUCCCUGUGGCGCCCCCACCAAGCCGCCCCUCGACGGACCCCUGGCGGGGGGUACAAAGCCAAUCACCAACAGCAACCUAUUAGAAGUGAAAACCCUCAAGGAGGAGGGAGUCCCCAAUUUCCAAUCAGGACCAGCGCCGCAGACCAGCGAAAAAGCAGCGGCGCCAGGCACCAUCCAUUCCCAUCACGCUCAGUUGGGGCGCAACUAG